AUGGUGCUGUACGUUGCUGGAACUGAGGUUCGUGUGGUGGAUCGCACUGCCGAUGUUCCUGAGAGCUGGGCUUUUGUGCACUUUGCGACCGGUACAGGAGUGGCGUCGGCGGUUGGAGCUGGGCAAGACCUCUGGCAUCAGCUAGUUCAAGCACAAGGGCUGCAAAUCGACGUGUCGUCGAUCCACGUCACACGCUUGGAACCAGAGCAGAGCACACCUGCCGAGGGCGAUGUCAUCCCAGAGUCGGUCGUGAUCCAGGCAUUGGAAGCUGAAGAUUCCAGCAGUUUUGACUUCGAGUCCUUCAGAGAACGCUUCUCAAUGCGGCUUGGUCGUCCGGUCCUGCGAAGAGAUGCCGAGAUGAUUUUCAAAGUUCUGCACCAGCACAGGCCAGAUGCCACAGUCCGUGGAAUACUUCGCUCAGUGAUGGAGACUCCUGAUGACUUGCGUCCAGGAACGUUGAGCCCAGAACGCAAAGAUGUACUACUCGUGAUGGCAUACUCGGCCAACUAUGCUCCGGGGGCCAUCUGCCAAUUGGUCAACAACGAGUACUCCAACAAGCACGGUUAUGCGUUCAAGUGCGAUGUUCUGACCAAAGAGGACAUGCUGGCUGCCAUCUCCCCACGAGAUGCCUUCACAUGGUACAAGGUACUGAUGUUGAAGCGCCUGAUGAACACAGAAAGCCACGAGUACUUUGUUUGGCUUGAUGGUGAUGCUGCUAUUCUCGACCACGAGAAGCCCUUGGAAGCUUUCAUUCGCCAGGCUAAAGGGCGUCACCUUAUUCUGCAAGAGGAUCUCUCGGCAGAAUGCCGCAUCAAUUGCGGCGUGAUGAUCUUGAAGAGGUCCAAGUGGACAUUAACUUUGCUCCGCUUGUUGUGGGAAGGGAACCUCUCCAGACGGCAUCAUUGCAAGCCCUACUAUGAGCAGUCCGCCUUGGUGCGUCUUCUCGUGGAAGCUGGCGAGCUGGAUGCCAGGCCUCGUCUUGAAGGACUACAGUGUCCUUGGUACUCUAACAACGUCUGCAUUCUACCACUGCGCUGGUUGCAGACAAACCGACUGCGAGAGGUUCAUUUGGCGGAUGAUUCCCAACAGACUCCAAAGAGUUUCAUCUUCCAUCCGCUCUUUGCAUCGGAGCAGUUCGCAGAGGACAAGGCACAAGCUUUACGUGCUGUUCUGGGAAACGCUGGACGUUUGAUGCACGGAAAUGAACCUGCGUGCGGGUGUGAUCAAUGA